UCAGUUCCCAUUCAGAUUUCGAGAGCACAGCACCGUACAUCCGAAACAAAGGCGCGCUGAACAAUGACGACGACUCCCAAGAUAAAGGCACCAGUUUCCGGUCCUGGACUGCCACUACUGCUGCAAAUGCUAAUGGGGAUGCUUCUUAUGGGGCUGACUUCCGUGCCAGGCGCCACUGCCACCGCGGACCCCAAGAACGCCAAUGUCAAGGCCCUGGAUCGCCUCCACGCCGGCCUGUUCACGAACUACGACAGCGAUGUGCAGCCGGUGUUCCAAGGAACCCCCACGAACGUGUCCCUGGAAAUGGUGGUCACCUACAUAGACAUCGACGAGUUGAACGGCAAGCUGACCACCCACUGCUGGCUGAAUCUCCGAUGGAGAGACGAGGAGCGCGUGUGGCAACCGUCACAAUAUGACAACAUCACGCAGAUCACUUUGAAGUCCAGCGAGGUCUGGACCCCCCAAAUCACACUCUUCAACGGCGACGAAGGUGGCCUGAUGGCCGAAACCCAGGUGACCCUCAGCCACGAUGGCCACUUCCGGUGGAUGCCUCCAGCCGUGUACACGGCCUACUGCGAACUCAACAUGCUCAACUGGCCCCACGACAAGCAGAGCUGCAAGUUGAAGAUCGGCUCCUGGGGCCUGAAGGUCGUCCUGCCGGAGAACGGCACGGCGAGAGGAGAGUCCCUUGACCACGACGACCUGGUUCAGUCACCGGAGUGGGAAAUCGUGGACUCGCGAGCCCACUUUGUCAGUCAGGACUACUACGGCUACAUGGAGUACACUCUGACGGCUCAGCGGCGCUCCUCCAUGUACACGGCCGUCAUCUACACACCCGCGUCCUGCAUCGUCAUCCUGGCCCUCUCAGCCUUCUGGCUGCCUCCCCACAUGGGCGGCGAGAAGAUCAUGAUCAACGGCCUGCUCAUCAUCGUGAUCGCCGCCUUCCUCAUGUACUUCGCCCAGCUCCUGCCAGUGCUGUCCAACAAUACUCCACUUGUGGUAAUCUUCUACAGCACCAGCCUGCUGUAUCUGAGCGUCUCCACCAUCGUCGAGGUUCUAGUUCUGUACCUGGCCACAGGCAAGCACAAGAGGCGCCUGCCGGAGGCGCUGAGAAAGCUGUUGCACGGGCACCUGGGCACGUGGCUGCUGCUCUCGGUGUUCAGCACCACCGGCGAGUCGCAGGCGGAGAAGACCAAGGAGAUGGACGAGCACCCGUACGAGGAGGCGGACGAGCAGGAGUCCAGUCCGCUGGGCAUCAACCACACCGAGGUGCCGGGCGCCAAGGCCAACCAGUUCGACUGGGCGCUGCUGGCCACCGCCGUGGACCGCAUUUCCUUCGUUUCCUUCAGCCUGGCCUUCCUCAUUCUGGCCAUCAGGUGCUCCGUGUAGGGAUGCUCGAGACUCAAGGCCACAUCCCAAGCCAGUGCGCACUCUGAACUAGUUUUGCAUUUGCGAUUUCAUGUAUUUAAUGUGUGUGCGAACUUAUAAUUAUUUAAUGAUGAGACCUCGUAUGGAAUAAAGGACCUCUGCCG